CCGUCGACGGGCAUGUCGUCGAGCGCUUUGAACGGAGGGAACAGCGGCGAAGACGGAAGUAGGUCCGGGCGUCUGCGCACCGUUUCCGUUGCUGCAACGGCUGCUGUGCGAAUGAAAAAUCCUGCUGCGAAACGACGUUACACUUUUGCCAACGGAUCUGGGAGUAGGUCCUUGUCCUUUCCGAUUGAGUCAAUUGGCAGUAAAUGGCCGGUAAAUUCUGGGGACGAGGAUCAGGACCGUGGCCUCUCCAACUCACGGUAUCAUCCAACGUCCCAGAGUUUCCUUGGUCUUUUUUCUGAGCAUCAGGCUGUCGGUUGGGACUUGAAGCAGAGAGGAGGUCACAGCAAGCCGGGCGGAAGAAGCGUGUCUGUUUCGGAUCGGUGUGGGAGUCCGGUAUUCGGUGGUUCCUCUCAUGCCGCACAUGUUUCCGGCCUGAUAAUUGCCGAGUCCUCGACGCCUGCGAUGACGACGACGAUGACUGGCGGUGACGAAACUGCGGCCAGCUGCGGAGGAGGGUUGACGACGGCAUGUAGUCCAAUUGUGGAGGAAGACCAUGUCGCAAGGGAUCGGAGCGGAAGCGGCUUUUCCGAGACAGGAGGACCCUCGUCCAAUAUGCACAGCAAUGCGUCCAGCAGUGAUGGAUCAUCUCUGAGGCAUCGCAGUGACUCUCAGCAAUCGGUGCACGCCGGUCAUCGGGAUUCUGCCCAACGUGGGUCCGUCCACAGCGAGUCCGUGUUGAUGCAGAAAAUCCACCAACGGCUCGGAACUUCGUCGUCGUCGUCGUCGUCGGCUUCGUCUUCGACGGCCCCAAAAGACGUCCAUCGACGCUCGCAGGGUUCAGCGAGCUUCGAAGGAAUCGGGUCCAGCAGGAGCAACAGCAUCGCCCGAGCUCGUCCACGUUCCUCCAGCAGCAGUGCUGAGCUCAGCAGUAUUAUUCAGCCCAGCAGCUUCCCUUAUUUCUUCCUUUUCAACAGUGUCUGGAAAUGGAGUAGAGCGCAGACCAUGUCUUUCAUGCGCUUGAUUCUCUCCGCGCUGUGCUUCUUCGUGGCCUUGGGCAUCCUCGGAUACACAUUCGCAAAUAUGGCUGAGUUGACCGUCUCAUCGCAAGUGUGCGAGUACCCCAAUCUCGGAUUGGGGGUGAAACGUCAGAGACCGUGUCCACUCUGAUGAGCACGGGGGUGAAGAAUUGAUUGGACGCCAGAAACUGACGAAGAGGAGUUGAGAAACGUUGCAAAAUUCUCCAUCGAACGUUGUUUUUCGGUUUAAUUCUUGAUAUAUAUUUUUUGUGAAAUGAACGAAUCGUGAUAUUCUCGGUGAAAGGUUCUGCGAGUAUCCAAAGCAGACUUGCUUCCGUUCGUUCUCUGCGUG